AUGGUUAAGAAAGAGAUAAGCAUGCGUCAACAAACAUGGGCUCUUCUGUGCAAGAAUUUUCUUAGAAAAUGGAGACUGAAAAGAGAGAGCUUAUUGGAAUGGACAAUAGCAUUGCUUCUGGGACUGUCCUUAUGCAUUCCGGGGGCCUUCAACGCUGUGCCUUUUCCUGAACAGCCUCCUCAUAUCCUGGGUCGUGUGGAUGAAUUUAACGACUCUGACCUAAUGGUGAUCUAUACACCAGUCACGGACAGAACUCAGAGCAUAAUGGAUAAGAUAGCUUUGGUUACUUUUAUGAAAGGAAUAAAAAUCAUUGGAGCACCUAAUGAAGAAGCCAUGGAUACAAUGCCAGGAGAAGCAUUGUCUCAGACAGUGGGCAUCGUAUUUAAUGGUACUUCCUCAUAUCAGCUGAAGUUUGAUUGGGGAUACAGAAUUCCAGCUAUUAAGGAACACUUAGAAUAUUCAGAACACUGUGAGGAUUUGCAAGAUGAAAUUUAUUGUCACUUGACAAUGUACUGGCAAAAAGGGUUUGUGGCUCUUCAAGCUGCAAUUAAUGCUGCUAUUAUAGAAGUCACAACUAAUCACUCUGUGAUGGAGAAUCUGAUGUCAGUAAUUGGAAUAAAUAUGAGGACACUGCCUUUCUUUACUAAGGGACCAGUUGUAAAUGAAUGGGUUAUUAUUGUUUCUAUAAUAUCUUUCUCCCCUUUUGUAUACGUUGCAUCUUUAACUAUUACAAGGGAAAGAAAACAAUUAAAGAAACUUAUGGUAGUGAUGGGUCUCCGAGAGUCAGCCUUCUGGCUCUCUUGGGGAUUGAUGUAUGCUGGCUUCUUCUUUAUCAUGUCUACUUUGAUGGCCCUGAUCAUAACAUAUAUCCAGAUUGUAGUUAUUACUGGCUUCACGGUGAUUUUCAUACUGUUUAUCCUAUAUGGUCUGUCUUUGAUAACAUUGGUUUUCCUCUUGAGUGUGUUGAUAAAAAAGCCUAUCCUCACUGCCUUGGCUGGGUUUUUCUUUAUGGUCUUUUGGGGAUGUCUGGGAUUCACCGCCCUCUAUAAACAACUCUCUUCACCUUUGCAGUGGGUUUUAGGACUGUUCAGUCCUUUUGCCUUCACUGCUGGACUGUCCCAGAUUACAGACAUGAAUUAUUACUUGAGUGGUAUUAUUUUUCCUGAUCCCUCUGGAGAGUCUUACAGAAUGAUAGCCACUUACUUUAUUCUGGUGUUUGAUACUCUUCUCUAUUUGAUAUUGGCAUUGUACUUGGAGCAAGUUUUGCCUGAUAAAGAUGGUUACCGGCAGUCACCAUUGUUUUUCCUGAAGUCUUCAUUUUGGUCCAAACAUCAAAAUACUCAUCAUGAAGUUUUUGAGAAUGAUAUAAAUCCUGAGCAUUUAUCUGAGGACUCAUUUGAACCAGUGCCUCCAGAGUUCCACGGUAAAGAAUCCAUCAGAAUAAGAAAUAUUAAGAAGGAAUAUAAUGGAAAGGCUGGAAAAAUAGAAGCACUGCAAGGCAUAUUUCUUGACAUAUAUGAAGGGCAGAUCACUGCAAUACUUGGACAUAGUGGAGCUGGUAAAUCAACAUUAUUAAACAUUCUGAGUGGACUCUCUGUGUCAACAGAAGGAUCAGCUACCAUUUAUAACACCAACCUCUCUCAAAGAACCAACAUGGAAGAAAUCAGAAAGAACAUUGGAUUUUGUCCACAAGGCAACAUUCAAUUUGACUUUCUCACCGUAAGAGAAAACCUCAGGCUAUUUGCUAAAAUAAGAGGGAUUCAGGCCAAAGAAGUGGAAGAAGAGGUAAAAAGAAUUAUAAUGGAAUUGGACAUACAAAACAUUCAAAAUGUCAAUGCUAAGGAGUUAAGUGGUGGACAGAAGAGGAAACUGACAUUUGGGAUAGCCCUUUUAGGAGAUCCUCAGGUUUUGCUACUGGAUGAACCUACUGCUGGGUUAGAUCCCUUUUCAAGGCACCGAGUAUGGAGCCUCCUGAAAGAGCGAAAAUCAGACCAUGUGGUCCUUUUCAGCACCCAAUUCAUGGAUGAAGCUGACGUCUUGGCUGAAAGGAAAGUGUUUCUAUCGAAUGGCAAGUUGAAAUGUGCAGGAUCGUCAUUGUUUCUGAAGCGAAAAUGGGGAAUUGGAUAUUAUUUAAGUUUACAUAGGAAUGAAAUGUGUGAUCCACAGAGAAUCACAUCCCUCGUUAAACAGCACAUCCCUGAAGCCAAACUGAGAGCUGAAAGUGAAGAGAAGCUUGUGUAUACUUUACCCUUGGAUAGGACAAGCAAAUUUUCAGGUCUUUAUAGUGACCUUGAUCAGUGUUCUGACCAAGGCAUAAUCAGUUAUGGUGUUUCCAUGACAACUCUGACCGAAGCAUUCUUGAACCUAGAAGGCAAAUCAACAAUUGAUGAACCAGAUUUUGGCAUUUGGAAACAAGAAAAACUAGAUGUGACAAGAGAAACUGAAAAUAAAUCUGAAAUACAACAGGCUCUUUGUUCUCUUCCGGAAAUGAGUAAAACCGUCAGUGACAGAACUCUCUGGAGAAGACAGGUCUUUGCCAUGGCCAGACUUCGCUUUUUACAAUUAAGGCGUAACAGGAGAGCUCUUUUGUCUUUGUUACUGUUACUUUUGGUGGCAUUUAUCCCGGCCACUUUUGAAAAGGUACUGUUAAGGAUGUAUUAUGAGACUGAUUGUUGGGAAUUUUCACCCAGUAUGUAUUUCCUUUCUCUGGAACAACCUCCAAAGGCUCCUCUUACUAGUCUAUUAAUCAUCAAUAACACAGGAUCAAAUAUUGAAGACUUUGUGCAUUCACUAAAACAUCAGAAUCUUGUUCUGGAAAUAGAUGACUUUGAAAAUAGAAAUGGCUCAGAUGAUCCUUUGUACAAUGGAGCAAUCAUUGUGUCUGGUGAUAAGAAGGAUUACACAUUUUCAGUUGCAUGUAAUACCAAGAGAAUUAAUUGUUUCCCUAUUCUUAUCGGAAUUAUUAGCAAUGGCCUUCUUGGAAUUUUUAACUCUACAGAGCAUAUUCAAACGGAGAGAAAUACGUUUCCUUAUCAUAUACUUUGUUUCAUUCCUUAUCUUCAGAGUCUCAUUUUACUCUUUAUAAUAAGAUGUCUGGAAAUGAAGUAUGGAAGUGAAACAAUGAGGAAAGAUCCAGUUUUCAGAAUCUCUCCAAGGAAGAUGGAAGCCCAUCCUAAUCCAGAAGAGCCAGAAGAGGAGGAUGAAGAUGUUCAGACUGAAAGAGUGAACGCAGCAAAUGCACUCAGUAAUUCAAACGCAGAUGAGAAACCAGUCAUAAUAGCAAGCUGUUUACAAAAGGAAUACAAAGAGAAGAAAAGCUGCUUCUCAAAGAGAAAGACAAAAAUAGCCAUUCGAAAUGUUUCCUUCUGUGUUAAAAAAGGUGAAGUUUUGGGCUUGCUGGGACACAAUGGAGCUGGUAAAAGCACCUCUAUUAAAGUGAUAAUGCGAGCCACAAAGCCAACGGCCGGCAAGGUGGUUUUACAAGGCAGCAGAGCUUCAGCGAGACCUGAAGAAGACUACAGGCUCAAGUUCCUGGGAUACUGUCCUCAGGAGAACUGUCUGUGGCCCAACCUUACAAUGAGUGAACACCUGGAACUGUAUGCCACGGUGAAAGGAUUAAGUAAAGAAGAUGCUGCUCUUUGCAUUUCACGAUUGGUGGACGUGUUCAAGCUGCAAGAUCAGCUGAAGGUGCCCGUCAAGACCUUAUCAGAGGGGAUCAAGAGGAAGCUGUGCUUCGUGCUGAGCAUCCUAGGGGGGCCAGCGGUGGUGCUGCUGGAUGAGCCGUCCACAGGGAUGGACCCUGAAGGGCAGCAGCAGAUGUGGCAGGCGAUUCAGACUAUUGUUAAAAACAAGGAACAAGGCAUCCUUCUGACCACUCAUUACAUGACCGAGGCCGAAGCUGUGUGUGACCGCGUGGUCAUCAUGGUGUCUGGGAGGAUCAGGUGUAUCGGUUCCAUUCAGCAUCUGAAAAGCAAAUUUGGUAAAGAUUAUUUACUGGAAAUCAAAGUGAAAGAACCUACUCAAGUCAAGCUUCUCCACGCAGAGAUUCUGAAGCUUUUCCCACAAGCUGCUCGGCAAGAAAGGUACGGGAACGUUUUUGCUUCUGUGACCAGUCUAAGGAGUUUUCAAUCUUCGUAUCAUUUAGCUUUACACUAA